AUGAUGUAUUUGCCUCAUUUUCUGGAAUAUAAAGAUGUUGCUAGGCAACCACUCCACACACUUUUUCCAAUGGCUACCGAUGAUGCCUUGGAUCUUUUAUCAAAGAUGUUCACUUAUGAUCCAGAAACCAGGAUUUCAGCACAACAAGCAUUACAACAUAGGUACUUCUCUUCUGGACCUCUAUCCAUGGAACCAGAUUCACUUCCAAGACUUGCUCAGGAAAAGGAUGCAUCCAAUCCACAGGAUGGUCCAGCUAUAUUGUCUACGGGAUGGUCAACAGAAUUAAAUCCACAAGAUGGUCCAAAUCAUUUGGCUCCUCCAAGAAAGUCUAGAAGGGUUAUGCCAAAUCCUGAAUUCCUUUUGAGUGCUAACAUGGGAGAAAUGAAAAGCAAGGAACCAAAGGAUGCAAUUGCAAAGAAAAUGCGUUGUCCUGAAUUGGUUGAAGCAGAUAUCGAAUUCAUUGAAAUGGAUCAAUAUUGGAAUGAAACCAAUGAUGAGAAGGUAAUGAACACAUCAGCUGCACCAGUAAUCAACACAUCAAAGGCACCACCACUUUGCAAAGAAAAGGUCAUCUUCACAACUAGUUCACCAUUCGAAGAAGCCAAACCAUUUGAUGAGAAUGCGCCGUAUUGUGAAUAUCACGAUGUAUUUGGACAUGAUUUUGAUCAUUGUCCACAAGCACUCCUUAAAUGUGACUUCUGUAAUCGGGGAUGCCACUCGAGGAGUCAAUGUCCUGAACUUCGGGUGGCGGAAGACAACUUAGAGGCAGAACCAACGGUGAAUAUGCAGGAUGUCAUAAAGGAGAUUUCAGGUUACUUUGAUAGACCACAACAAAAAGUGAUUCAAUAUGUGUUUAAUGAAGGGGACUCACUCGAGUGUUUAGCUGAAAUUUAUAUGGAAACUGUGACUCGUGCUUCGUUGGUCACAUUGACACCCGAAGGAUGGUUGAAUUCUGAGGAGGAAUUAAAGUCAGAUGUUAGAGAUGGUAAGGUGUUAAAGAAGAUAUGGAAAAAAUAUUUGACGCAAGAUACUUACAGUGGUGACAUUCAUAGCUGUGAAAAGAUGUUCAUUCCAAUAAAUGAUGGAGGUCGCCAUUGGUAUGGACGUAUGAUUAAUUUCGAGGAAAGGCGUGUUUCAAUGCUAGAUUCAAUGGCAUCUUCUUGCGAUCAAAGAAAAGCAUUGGUGGUAAAAAUGGUUAAAGUGUUGCAGGAUGUACUUGAAAUAGGAUUUGGCAACACAUACAAAGGCAACAUCGUCUCUUUUCCAAUUGAGGUACCAAACUGGUUGCCUAAACAACGUAAUUGGUACGAUUGUGGAAUGUACGUGAUCAAAUUCAUGGAGCUUUACUUUAUUAUGGAUGAAGGGGUCUCUUUUAGCUUGAAUUCGGAAUUGGAUCGAAUGGAUUUGUUAGUCAAAAUUAUUUUCCAUGAUCAAAAUGAUUGUAGGAAGAGGUUGUUCCAGAAUUUGGGCAUCCAAGAAGUUCAUGUCUUGCAGUAG